AUGGGCAGAAGAAAGAUCGAAAUUAAGAAAGUCGAAAACUUGAGAAACCGCAAUGCUACGUUCAAAAAGAGGAGGCAGGGAAUUCUGAAGAAGGCACAUGAGCUGGCUGUCUUGACAGACACCAAGGUGACUCUGUCCAUCAAGAACGGGGACGCUCUCGAGAACCAUGUUUUCAACGAGCAGCUACAAUCCCUCCCGACAAGCGCAAUCGCGGUCGGUGGCAGCACCACGCCUGCGCCGACGGCGGAAGCGGUAGACAGUCCUCCGCUAGAUGACGAUGUCAUAGAGGAUGUUGUAGUCGCACGGCCUCCUCCAGAACCGUCUCCGCACUGGCACCUCGAUUCAGCAGAUGCGAGCUUUGGUUGUGAUCAAAUCAUAGACUCCAUAUUGGAUCCCCUAGCCUUGAGUGCAACGAACCAGCUUGGCAUGUAUAACCCAGGAUUCAAUAACUUUAACGCGUCGAGGACCGCGCUGGAAAUAUUUAGCCAUCCGCUACUUUCAGAUUCGCCAAAUGAGUCUUUCCUAGGCGUGGAGGCUCAUGACGAUUGUAACUGGCUGAUGCCGUUGUUGGAAAUUAACCCGGGCUUCGCCAGCCCUGUGAUGGCAUAG